AUGGCCACACUCUCGGAUGAUACCUUGAGGAAGAUCCUACUUCAAAUUAAUCAAACAAUAAACGAUAGUUCACGCGCUAUCUCCACUACCAAGGCCCAGACCGCCGCUAAGGAGAGGGACCGACGCGUAAUUCAACUCACUGCUAAAGAAAUAUCGGAGAUACCCGCACAAUCGGGUGCUCAGUUUUAUCGGGGCGUUGGGAAAAUGUUUAUGCAAGAGCCCAGAUCAACAAUCGAGAACAGUCUCAAGAGUCAAGAAAAGGAGCUAACAAAUGACAUUAACAAUUUGGCUAAAAAAUUGAAAUAUCAUGAGAAACAGCUCAACGAUUCACAGGCCCAGAUGAGAGAUAUCUUCCACGCGAGCGAGAGUCGCUGA